AUGGUCCUCGCCCUCACGGACGCUCAGCGCCAGAGCCUCGCAGCCGUGUGCGACUGCAUCUUCCAGGCGCACGGCGCCGGCCUCGCCGCCGAGGUCAAGUCGCUCCUGCCGGCGACCGCACCGGCGUACCAGCGCGAGCACAUCGACGCCCUCGUCACGACCAAGUUCAGCGACUUGCCCGGCGCGCUCGACGCCCUCGCCGACCAGUUCACCCGCUCGCUGUCCAAGGACAGCGUCGACAAGAUCGGCCUCGUCCUGUCGCUCUUGUCGACUCGCCCUGGCACCCUCGUCCUGACGGGCCACGCCAGCACCUUCCCCGAACUGAGCGUCGAGCAGCGCGAGGCCGUCCUCCAGUCGUGGCGCACCUCGCGCCUCACGCUCCUCCGCCAGGCGUUCCGCGGCCUGUCGGCGUUCACGCUGUACGUCACCUACAACCUGUACGACAACAUGAUCCUCGCGACGGGCUACCCGGCCUACGGCGACGAGCACCGGUUCGCCGACAAGUCGCGCCUGCGCCCGCACCACCCGUACCAGUUCGAGUCGAUCCGCACCCAGUUCGAGGUCAUCGAGACCGACAUCCUUGUCGUCGGGUCCGGUGCCGGCGGCGGCGUCGUCGCGUCCGAGCUGGCCAAGAAGGGCUGGAAGGUCCUCGUCGUCGAGAAGGGCGAGUACAUCAAGCCCGAGGACAUGGCCGGCACCCAGCGCGAGGGCUUCAGCCGCCUGUACGAGUCGGCCGGCCUCAUGGCGACCGAGGACGGUUCGAUGAACAUCCUCGCCGGCUCGGGCUUUGGCGGCGGCACGACGAUCAACUGGUGUGCCUCGCUCCGCCCUCAACACUUCCUGCGUGAGCAGUGGGCCAAGGAGCACGGCCUGCCGUACUUCCUCUCGACCGAGUUUGCCCAGUCGAUCGAGGCCGUCUGCCAGCGCAUGGGCGUCUCGGACGAGCACCUCGAGCACAACCGGCCCAACACGAUGCUCGUCGACGGCUCGAAGAAGCUCGGUUACCCGAUCGCCAAGAUUCCUCAAAACACGGGCGGCGCCAAGCACGCGUGCGGCUUCUGCGGCUUCGGCUGCGUCUACGGCGAGAAGCAGGGCGGCACGGUCACGUGGCUCAAGGACGCCGCCGAGCACGGCGCCAAGUUCCUCGUCAAGACGACGGUCGAGCGCCUCCUGUUCGCCUCGCGCCACUGCAUCGGCGCCCUUGUGCGCGACAGCGAGGACCGCCUCGCGCUCGUCCGCGCUCGCCAGUCGGUCGUCGUCUCGGCGGGCACGAUCCACAGCCCGGCCGUCCUCAUGCGCAGCGGGCUCAAGAACCCGCGCAUCGGCCGCAACCUGCGCCUGCACCCUGUCGUCAUCACGACCGGCUUCUUCGACGAGCAGAUCAAACCGUGGGAGGGCGCCAUCAUGACGGCCAUCUCGAGCGUGCAGGAGAACUGGGACGGCUCGCACCACGGCGUCAAGAUCGAGGUCAUCAACGCGUUCCCGGGCGGCCAGGCGGCGUCGUACACGCCGUGGACGUCGAGCGCCGAGCACAAGCGGCUCAUGGCGCAGUACGGCAACUCGAUGACGCUCAUCUCGAUCGCGCGCGACCGUGGCUCCGGCCGCAUCUUCCUCGACUCGGAGCAGAAGCCGCGCAUGGACUACACGAUCGACCCGUACGACGGCAACUCGCUCACGCGUGGCACCAUCGCGGCAGCAGAGAUCCACCUCGUGAACGGCGCUCGGCGCAUCACGACGACCCAGGUCGACGUGCCCGACUACCUGCCGACGCCCGGCCACACGUACCUGUCGGACCCGGCGUGGAAGGAGUGGGUCGCCAAGGUCGAGAAGGCGGGCACGCGCCCGAACCGGUGCGCGAUCGGGAGCGCCCACCAGAUGGGCAGCAACCAGAUGGGGACCAAGCCGUCGUCGAGCGUCGUCGACCCUCGCGGCAGGGUCUGGGGCACCGAGGGCCUGUACGUCGCCGACGCCAGCAUCUUCCCGACGGCGUCGGGCGUCAACCCGAUGAUCACAGUCCGUCGAGUCUUUCUCUCGCUCUUCCUCUCUCUUCCUCCUCGACCACGUCACUCACGCUUUCCUCUCGCUCGCAGAAUAUGUCCCUGUCGCACUCGAUUGCGCGCUUCAUCGACGAGGACGCUCGCGAGUCGCGCUCGCAGGCCGUCGAGGCUCGUCUGUAGCCUCGUCCACCUUUCCUCCCCCCUCUGCUCUCCCCUCCUGGUUGUUGUCGCCGAUACCCCCUCCUCAUCUGUAUCUCACGAAGCCGUCAAUGAAGUAUUUUCCUCACGCGCACGCACGCUCUCGGCUCGUCGGGCGAGGAAGAUAGAGAGAGAGAGAGAGAGAAAGCGAGGCGCCGACUCGAUUGCGAACCAGGCGCAGGAAAGGCUACGGAGAGAGCAAAACUCGAGAAGACGGGGAGAGCUAGAUACAAAGGGCACAGAGGGAAAGGCUGGGAGAGGGAUAUGAGAAGAAGGACGAGGGGUCGAGCGCCGAGACGUCGCCGCUCAGACGGCCGUCACCUCGGCGGGCCUCGCCUCGUUGUAGUUGGCCGCCGGCGCAGGGACGACGGGUGACGAGGUGACGACAGGGGCGUUGGCGUUCGGGCUCGCAGCCGCCGUCGUCGACGUGUUGCUGAUGCCCUUCUCCUGCGCGCCCGCCGCCGCCGAGCCCGGAGCGCCGCCGCCGAGGUCGGCCGAGAAGGGCGCCUUCCAGACGUUCGGGCCGUGGCGCUUGUGGGCGAGGGCGCCAAAGGUGACGAGGCCGACGAGGAGGACGGUGAGGGUGACCCAGCUGAUCCACGCGAACGCCUCGACGGCGCGGCCGAGCGAGCACAGGCUGCCGCUGCAGAAGCUCGACGACAGGCCCGGGAUGCGGUCGGCCAUGCCGGCGGCGCCUCC